AUGGAUGAGGAUGCAAAACAUUUCAGACAGUAUGUGCGAUUAUACAACAAUAUGUUUGCUUUUACUUCGUUGGGUGGAAAUUUUGAUGCAAAGACUAAAAAGAGAAUCUAUGUUUUCAAGUUGCAUAGCCAAAUCUACCAUUACAUUCCUAAUUUAGUUCUAAGAGAUGCAGGGCCAAAUUCACCUAAGACAGAUAGAAAUAUUUCAGCUCGGAAAUACUAUGCAUACAAGCUUCAAUGUCGGCCCAAUAAUUUACUACUGAGAUCUGGAAGAUGUUUCCAGCAAUAUAUUGUUGAUAUGUAUGUGAAGUUAGAGAAUACACGAUUAGAUUUCUUUCGUAAAAAUCUACAGACAAUAAGGGAUGAUCUUUAUCAAGGACUUCUCGAUACUAUUGAUUGUGGAGAAAAUUGUGCAGCAAAUGUAGGGAGAAGAAUCAUAUUACCUGCAACCUUUAUUGGUGGCCCUCGUGAUUUGAAGAAAAGAUAUUUGAAUGCAAUGUCAUUGGUUUAG